GGCCGAGUAAAACUCGCCCACCAUACACAGAGACCACACGCACCAGUUUCCACCAUAGACCAGCACGCAGAAAGCACACCUGGCAGGAUGCAGCCAAAAGCGAUCAAGCGAAUCGUGAAAGCAGUCAAGCGCCGUUUAUCGCAUGGCAAACACAAACAUACAGACUCAGCCACCACCACUCCUUCUUCCUCCCGCCACCCUUCUCUCCUCCACGACGACUCUUUCUCUCCCCCCACCUUGACUGUCCCCGCAUCCCCCAGAAGUGGUUCAAGCAGCCAGACUCUCGGUGCUUCUCCUCAGACAAAAAUAAUCGAUAUCUGCGCAAGCUCGACCGCUUCGUCUGAAGGCGUCAUGUCUGCACACUCCCAUCCCUCAGAGCUCUCGACGACCAACAGUGAUGUAGUCACAGCAGAGUCGGGGCCAUCGGAGCCAGCGCAAUCGAUGCUGGGUCUAUCAGGCAUGGUCGACGCUGGCCAUCUUGCACACUCGGAUCCUGUUCGGGAGACAGUCGAUUCGGAGUCUCAUGAUGAUCCAUCGAUGUAUGGAUCAGCCAGGCAGUCAAUGGCUACCAGCACCUCACAGGAGGGGACGAUCGAGCUUGCUCAAUCGUCCGAGCUGCAGCCGCUUGCAGAGGAGACCGGUGAGGGUCCCCUCGUCGUCAGUCAUUCCCCAAUAGUGGUGGAACCUGAUGUACCAGACCCAUUCAUCGUGGAUGACUCGGCGAAUUCUGCUUCAGAAGAAGAUGCUUCUUCUUCUCAAGCAGAGGAUAUUCCUCUAGCCCAGUCCACCUCCCUAUCUGUCUCAGAUGCCCCUGCUUCUGUCGCGCUCUCUUCUCCCAACGUCAGCAAGGACGUACUUCCUCCUCCGCCUGUAGAAGAGGAAGAAUCGCACGAUUUGUAUCUCCCCGGGCUUGUCAUGCCCACCAUGUUUCUGCCUAUUCCCAAUACGGACCCUUUGACUACCCUCUUGACAAAAUAUAUAACACCAUCUGAAAAGCGGCCUGUACGAGACGUCACUGGUGAUUGGCAGCAUACUGAUUUCCAUACCAUGGUCAUGUCGAACAGUUGGCGACCACUGGCAAGGAUGGCUCGAGACCGUCUUGUCACUUCCAACCCUGAAGACCUGAAUCUCGUCCUUGGACUGUGGUACCUCCGGCUAUCCUCCCUAUCCAGGCUUCGUCUAUACAACCAAACCUCCGCCGAGUGCACCAACCUCUUCACCGUCCUAAACGCCAUUGAACCGCCCUCUGCCCGCGCAUGGCUCUUCGACCGAAUCCUGCCCUUCGAGCUCGAAGUCAUGUUCACCAGGCUCAAGUACUGGACGGGCGACCACAUGGGAUACCUCGACGCCCUCAGCGGCCUCCUCAAGAAAUGCAAGGCAAAGGCACGACAGAACAGGUCGGAUCCUGCCGCUUUGAUGAUGUGGCAGGAACGCAGGUCGAGGAUAUGUCUUAUUGUUGCGUCGCAGUUUAUGGAGAUGAAGGAAUAUAUGGCCGCCGCCAAGCUCCUCGAGCCUCUCUGCGACCAACCCAACGGCGUCACUUCACCCGCACUACAGUCUUCAGUCGCACGCAUCUACCUCCAAGGCGGCUAUCUCGCCAUGGCAUCCAAACAUUUCGAAGCCGUGAACGCAGAUCCGACCGCCGAACAGGCCUUGAAGGACAUGAACGCCGCCCUUCUUGCGUCAGCACAGGGAGAUUGGUCGAAAGCGAGCGACGUUCUCAAAACCGUGCUGGCAGACGAUCCGGAGAAUUUUGUAGCCGCGAACAACCUCUCAGUAGCCCUUCUUAGUCAAGGCAAGAUCAAAGAGGGCAUCGAAAUUUUGGAAGCCGCCUUAGCCAGUUCACCGUCUACGGUAGUAGUCGCAGAACCGUUUCUCUUUAACCUCUCAACUUUGUAUGAGCUCCGCUCCGCCGCCGCACUGGACAGGAAACGCGAUUUGCUCGUUGAAGUUGCGAGGUGGAGUGGCGACGGGCUCAAGACGGCGUGUCUAAAGAUGCCAUCGAAUUAAAGUGACCAUAUAUUUCAUAGGAACAGAACAGCGUAACAAUAAUGAAUGGACAUGAUGACAGUGUAAUACAAUUGCUUACUAAAGUUCUAACGCGAUCGAUCUUGGUAUACCGUUGCUCCAACACAAACCACCACAAUAUAAGACACACACCGUCGAUUCAAUGAAAUCGAUAAACGCAACAAAUGAAAGAAUCCUUAGAGGCCGGCUUGUCGAUUGAGCAUGUAUAGUUGCAGAUCUUGCCAGCCGCCUCCAACACGACACAUAACUUUCUUGGUAGUGUGGUCAUGUCCAUUCGAUCUUGCUCCAGAUCGCGUCAUUGUAGUAAGUCUGCAGGUCACAACUUUUCUUGCGAGUGAAUUCGAAAAUGCAUAUUGGGCACGGAUUUCCUCGCCUUCACGCGGCACAGCGCGAAGCGGGGGAUCAAUGCGCUCGAUGAGCAGUCCGUGAGCGAUAGAGUUCACGAUGGAAGCUACCUCGACGUCGAGAGGGUCCUUUGAAUUGGUAGGAACGUAUUGAUGGACAGGAUACUGGUCCAGGCUUGUAGGUGUAUGUGCCCCAGCACGAGAGCCUGGGCGUGAAUUAGGGGUUCGAGUAGUAGAAGCAUCCCUGAAACUUGAUGGUGGGAGCUUGCUAAUAACCGAUGGGCGUGGCGUUGCACGAGAGGCACUUGCCUGAUAAAACGGUAUUUGCUGCGUCC